AUGGUGCCGUACACUGUACAGAUUUAGUAGAAUUUUAAAAGCAAACCGAUUACUUUUUCCUUUAUAAAUUCUCUCACUAGAGGGCGCUGUUGCUUGGAAACUGCAAGUUCACUUGUCAACGAAACCGGAAGAUCAAUCUGAGGUUAAGAGAAGAAACAUGGCGGCCCGCUCAAGGCUGCCCUUGUUGCUCUCUAAAAACGUGCCUCUAUUUAGACACCAAAGGCAUGUCCAGUCCGAGGCGGCGGCUAAGGUGCCCGUGUACCCGCCUAUAGUCCCCUCUCUGACGGCUAAGAGCAAAUCGGCCAAAUUGCGCCAGUUCCAGGAGCGGGUGGAGAGGAUCUGCGCGUCCCCGGUGCAGGAGAAGCUGUCCCUCAUCACUCGCAUUCAGCGGCAGAAAUUUGUUGUGUAUCCCCAGACUUUCGCCCGGGACGCGGACAGAUGGUACCAGCACUUUACCAAGACCGCUUACAUCCCGGGCUUGCCCGAAAAGUUUUCCCGGGGCCAGGAGGACCCCGCCGGGGAGGAGGGUCCACCGCUACCGGGGAUCGACCGUGAUGCCUUCGCGGACAUCCGCGCCUUGGUGACCCGUGUGAUUUUACACGAGCACUGGCACUUGAUAAAGAAACGGAGGCCUUUCAUGUUCCGACGCCAGGAGCAACUUGUUGGUCCUUUUCUGAGAAACCUGGUGGCUGAACUCACUACCAAUUUGUCCCAGCACAACCCACUACUCGGCCUCUCAAGCCUGGAUAUCAGUCCGCCGGUGCACUUUUAUUGGAGUAGGGGGCAAAGGAUCAUCCCUAAGGGCCACCGCAGGGGCCGCCUGGAGCCGUACAACUUCCAGAUCGACGACCGUCCGCAGAACCAGAUCAGGAUAACCCAGCAGCUUCCACAGUUUGUCCCUCUGGAGGCCUCCUUUGGAGCUGAUGUUCCAGAAGUCAAAUAUGCCCCGAACCUGAUGCCGCUGUUCAGACGACAAUACACCAACAGCAUCUUCACAGGUGCAAAACCGCCGGACCCGGCCUGCUACGGUCACACCCAGUUCCACCUGGUGCCCGACCGAUACCACCGGGACCGGAUGGCCCUGCUGCAGCAGUCCGACCAGGUGGAGGUCUUCCUCCGAGCCAACGCGCUGGCCAGCCUCUUCGCCUGGACCGGAGCCCAGGCCAUGUACCAGGGCUUCUGGAGCCACCAGGACGUGUCCAGGCCGUUCGCCUCGCAGGCCGUGAUCACGGACGGCCGCUUCUUCUCCUUCUUCUGUUACCAGCUCAACACGGUGGCUCUGUCCUCGGAGACGGACGCCGACAAUCCCCGGAGGAACCUGCUGUGGGGCACGGAGAGCCUGCGGCUCUACGACAGCGUGCAGGACGGCGAGGUGGUGGGCCUGAACGACGACGUCGUCAAGCUGCUGAUCCAGUUCCUCUUAAAUCGGCCGUAAAGUCGAUCAGCGGACAAAAAGCGCCGGAAAUCAAACUUAAAAGUUUUCCUUGCCCUCUGGAGGAUUCUAAAGGGGACGUGGAGGGACACAGGCAUGCUGAAGGAACUUCAUAAGAAUGUCUGAAACUGUAAUGUGUGUAAAAGCAUAAAGAUCUGGGUUGUGUUCAGAAAGCCGAGGUAGAGUUGGAGAUUUACGGUACACAUCCCCCUUAUCUGUACAGAGCCCCGACAGUGGUCCUACAGUGGAUUAUGUUUUCUAUUCUCACCUCUAGUCACCAGUAACGGUUCAUGUUAGUGUGUGCAGGGUUUGUAAAUGAGCGAUUUACGGUGAACGUCAUUCAUUCAGAACGCGCCAGCGGGCCGAGAAAACAGCCGAGUCUACCCGGCCUGUAAAACCAUCCGCCCACGUGCACGUUUCCAGCUGCUGCACGUGGUCGAUAGCUCGACGAAUAAGCCUCUGUUUGCCUUUUUAAAAACAGCCUCAGCCAGUCAGGUUGGAGAAUAUCAUCUAUAAAAGUGACCAUGCACUGAUCUGGGCUCUGGAAAUUUAAAUUGUCACAUAUUUAUGGAAAAUCAGCUUCUGAAAAAUAAAAUGACUAUUUCAAAACCA